AUGUCGACCACAUCCGCCUCGCAUUCGCCGGCAACGUCAACCACCGCUCAGACCACCACCGUCACCUCGUCGUCUUCGUCUUCAUCCUCGACGUCACUCAGCAUCAGCGUCGGCGCUUCCAUCGGGAAUUUCCCGUCGACAUCGUCCGCCCCAUGUCCCACUUGUGGCCAACGGCGCCACAUCGACCUCCACCGGCCGCCGACCCCAGUGAAACUCGAGGACCGCUUCCAAUUCCGGUCCGGCGUGCCGUACGGGCCUUGGACAAUCACCCACCCUCCACCCCGGGCCCUGCCGUCCUCGCAGGCCGGUUCCUUGGAGGCACCCGCGCCGUCUAACGAGUGCACCCGCGCCGGGAACGUCUCCGAACCCCUCACCACAUUCCACCCCUUCUCUCGCCUGCCACCGGAGCUCCGGUCCAAGAUCCUCCGCUUCUACCUGGAACGGCCGCGCAUCGUCGAGAUACGAUGCAUGAAUGACCUGAAAAAGAUCCAUUUCGCGCCCAACGCCCUCGGCAACCUCGCAUCCAACAUUGCAUGGAGCGCCGACAACACCCUCCCGGCCUUGAUGUGGGUGAACCGCGAAUGCCGCGCCGAGACGCGCGCCUUCUACCGCGUGCAGCUGCCGAUGCACCCCACCAACAAGAUUGCCUGGCCAGUCCUCAUCAACCCGGACUUUGACACGGUCAUUUUCACGUUUCCCUGGAGCAGCGAGAUCCCGCUCGACAUCUUCCUGAGCGACUGUCUCGCCUUCGACCCGCUGGGCGUGGGCAUCCGGCACUUUGGCACGCGCGACCGCGGUGGGCCCGAGACGUGGGACCUGACGCCGGUGCCGGGAUGCGCGCCCCUGUCAAAGAGCCUGGCGAACCUGGAGUCCUACACGGAGGCGAUCCAGCUGAUGGACGACCGCGCGGCGGCUCGGUUCCCGGUGUGGAUGAUCCACGAGGGCUACCUCACGAGCGGGAUUCCCGCCAAGAACGCCUUCUACCAGGACGUGCCCCGUCUCCUCCUGAGCAACGACUACGAGCCCCCCGACGCGACGAACCAGCGCACGGCGCUGGAGGUCCUGCGCGCGCAGCUCGGGGAAUACCUGACCCGCGAGGUGGCGAAGAAACUAGUCAUGCAGCGGAUGUUUUACCGCAAGUACUUCCGGCACUUGAGGAUGAAGUGUACUAAGACGGACCUUGCGGGGCUGGGCAUGGUGCGACAGGUCCCCGGCGGCGAGACCGAGGAAUUCUUUUUGAGCAAUGGGAGGGAAGUUAUGGGCCCGCGGAAGAAGCGGCGAUGUGUGUUGGACGUACGGCCGAGCAGUAGUUGGCAUCUGUGGGACGACGAUUGA